GCCACUGUACCUCUGGACACCAACUUCCGGUAUGACGUCACAACCGGAUUCCAAAGUACAGAACUUGUCAACUGCGUGCCACACGGCGGCUUAAAAUGUUUUAACUUCGUUUCGACGAGGAAAAUUGGUGCUAAAUGGAGGAAGUGAUAUUCUUUUUUCUUCUCUGCUGCCGCCUCGCAUCUCCUGCGACGCACUCCCUGUGGCACGUGUACACGGUGACCACCGGCAUCCCCACGCUGCCCACCACGGUGGCGGUAGUGGUGGUGGACGGGAUCCAAACCGACCACUACGACAGCGUCAGCAACACCGCCGGGCCGUCCCAGGACUGGAUGAAGCGGAUGUCAGACCUGGACCCGGACUACUGGAAGACCCAGACCGACUUCUGGGAGCGCCAAGACCACUUUGGGAGGAUCAACAUCGACAUUCUGAGGAAGCGCUUCAACCGCACCGAAGGUGUGCACGUGUUCCAGGUGUUGCACGGCUGUGAGUACGAUGAGGACUUGGGUGUGUUCCGGGGUUUCAACCACCACAGCUACGACGGAGAGGACACCUUGUACCUGGACAUGGAGCAGCGGCGCUGGAUCUCCCUGAAGCCUCCCAUGGACGCCACCCAGAGGAAGUGGAACGACAACCAGGGCUGGAUGGAGUUCAUGGUGCACCGCCUGCUGAAAGAGUGUCCCCAGCGCCUCAAUCGCACCCUGGAACUCGGCCAAAGUGUCCUGCGCAGAAUCGAGCGUCCCCGGGUGUCUCUGCUCCAGACCAGUCCGUCCUCGCCGGUCACGUGCCACGCCACGGGCUUCUACCCUGACGUGGCCAACAUGUUCUGGACCCGGGACCGGGUGGAGCUCCACGAGCACGUGGAGCACGGCGAGCUACUGCCCAACCACGACAACACCUUCCAGCUCAGCGUGAGUUUGGACGUCAGCGCGCUGCCGCCACACGACUGGUCCAGGUACGCCUGCGUCUUCCGACUGUCCGGACUCCAGGAGAACAUCGUGGUCGGCUUGGACGCGUCCAAGAUCUUGACCAACUAUGUGGAGCCUCCCAACGUCCUCGUUCCAGUCGCCGCGCUCCUCGCCGCCCUUGUGGUCCUCGCCGCUGCCGCCGCCAUCGGUUUUUUUGUUUGGAAGAAGAGACAAGCUCCAACUUUGCAGCAUGGCACUGAGGAGGAAGGCCAGAAGAUGGCGCCAUGAGGCCAAUCUUGGUCACGUGACUCAGCAUGAGGCCAGUCUUGGUCUUGGUCCGGUGGACAAAGCAAAACUGAAUAGAAGAAUAAAGUUAGUGUGGUACAAGAAGAAGGGUUAGUGUGCAAAGAGUUAGUCUGGAACAAGAAGAAGGUUUAGUGUGCAAAGAGUUAGUCCGGAACAAGAACAAGGUUUAGUGUGCAAAGAAAGCAUUCAGAAGACAAAAUAAUUAACUUAAACCCUUCAAAAGACAAAAUAUGUUGAUCAUUCACUUAAAAAGCCAACAUUAGUUGAUUGUACACGUGCUAAAGUAUUAUGUUUAUUGUUCCAAGGAUGAGGAAACUAAGUGUUUGGACGCUAAAUCUUUAAUUGAUAAACAUCUAAACUCAUUAGACAUGUAAAAGUUGUAUUUCCUGUCAUUUAGUCAACCAACCUGACUUAAUCCUUUAAAAAAAAUUACAUUAACGACAAAAUAGAGGAAAACACGAAUAAGCCACGUGAGCUCUGGAAAAUUCUCAACAACCAGCUUGCUGGUUGCAGCCAGAAACUUCAAACCAGACUCACCAACAUCAGCAUCAAGGAGGGUGACUCCCUCAUUACAGACAAAAUGGAGGUAGCUAGCAGACUUAACACCUUUUUCACCAGCAUAGCCGCAACUCUUGUCAACAAGCUGUCCCACCACUCUGGUCGCUUUGGUGUAGAACACAUUAAAGCCUUCUACAGAAAGCUAGGAGUAUCCAACGAUAUUUCAAAUUAGAAAUGGUCUCAGCUGAUGAGGUGUUUAAAAAAUUGAGCGCGCUCCACCCAAACAAGGCCACCGGCCUUGAUAAUAUUCCCUCCAGAUUCCUCAGGGACUCUGUGCCCCGAUCAUCACGCACAUAAUAAACCUAUCAAUUACACAAGGCCAAGUACCAAAAGAUUUUAAGAUAGCAAGAGUAACUCCCCUCUUUAAAAAAGGAAGCAAAUUGGAACCUGGCAACUACCGACCUGUUUCUAUUCUCAGUUCCAUUUCGAAAGUAAUGGAGAAAAUAGUUUAUGAACAGGUCGAUAGUUACCUUGCCACUAAUAAACUCAUGUACAAAUUCCAAUCCGGCUUUAGAACUAACCACUCCACUGACACAUGCCUUCUCUAUGUGAGCGACCACAUCAAACAUGAGGUGGACGCGGGCAAAUACUGCGGCAUGGUCAUGCUGGACCUUCAGAAGGCCUUUGACACCGUUAACCACGCUAUACUGUUGGAUAAGCUCAGAGCAAUCGGAUUUAACAAAACCUCAUGGAGCUGGAUGCAAUCUUACUUGGAGG